AUGGACGCCCUUUUCCACAAAGACAAACCCGACACCGACGGCGACGGCGAGCAUGACAAGGCGAAGGAUUCCGGCAAGGACCACCCAAAACCAUCGAAUUCUGAGCUUAUGGCCAGCGCCAAGGUGAUCGCUGACUACGCCGGCGGCAAGGAGAACGAUAUGGGGAAGAUAGCCGGAGCAGCGGCCGACAUGCUGGAUGCGGCGGCAACUUACGGGAAGUUGGAUGAGAAGCAAGGGUUGGGGAAGUAUAUGGAUCAGGCGGAGGAUUAUCUUCAUCAAUAUCAGACAACACAUACUAAAACCACCAAAACCGAUGAUUCCGGCAACAAGACCACCACUGAAACAACCACCACCACCAAGACAGCUCCGGCGGAUGAUGACAAGUAA